GACCGCCGCCCCGCGGCCGGGGCGCUGGCCGGCCUCGCGCUCCUCGCGGCGCGGCGGGCGGCCGCGUCCGGCGUGCAGCGCCGGGGCGUGGCGACCAUGGCCGCGUCGAGGGAGCAGCGCUUCAGGACCUGGCCGAUCACGGAGGCGAAGGCGCUGGAGCCCCUGCUGCAGGAGAUGGGCCUGCGGGUGCCCGCCGAGGACAUUGACGGCACGGGCGCGGGAGCCAGCGGCCGGGCCCUGUCGGACACGCUUGUGUCCGUGGGGCCCUCGGGGCGGGGCGGCACGGGCUCCUUCAUCUCGGCCGAGGGCCUGAUCGUCACGAACCACCACGUGGCCCUGGACGCCGUGCGGCAGGCCAGCACGGCCGAGCACGACCACGUGACCAACGGUUUCGUGGCGCGGUCGCGAGAGGAGGAGCUCGCGGGCCCAGACUACGAGGUGUGGAUCACCCGCUCCUGCGAGGACGUGAGCCCGACCAUGCUGGAGGUCCUCGAGUCAGAGAAGGACCCGCUCAAGCGCGCCAACAGGAUGCGCGACAAGAAGGAGGAGCUCGCCAAGGAGAGGGAGAGCACGCUGGGCUCCACCGCGCUCCGCUGCGAGGUGAAGGAGAUGUUCGCGGAUAAGAGUUACGUCCUCUUCACAUUCGAGCGGCUCAAGGACGUGAGGAUUGUGUACGUUCCCCCGAUGAGCCUCGGCAAUUUCGGCGGAGACACGGACAACUUCGAGUGGCCGCGGCACUCGGCAGAUUUCACCCUCCUUCGCGCUUAUUGCGGCCCGAGCGGGGAGUCCGCCGAGCCGUCUCCCGACAACGUGCCCUACAGGCCAUCGAAGUAUCUUCGCGCCUGCAGCAAGGGCGUGUCGCCAGGCGACUUUGUCUUCCUGCUGGGCUUCCCGGGCCACACCAUGCGGUACGCGCCCAGCAGCAGGCUCGCCUACUCCGACGAGGUGGCGGUCCCGGAGCUGAUCGAGGACUUCUCUCGGAAGAUCAAGCUGAUCGAGCUCCACGCGAGCGAGCCCCGGGCCGUGGCCCUGAAGCUGCUGUCCACGAAAAAGGGCCUGCUGAACGAGCUCAAGCGGAGCAGGGGCAAGAGGGUCAUGAUGCGGAAGCUGAGGCUGCUGGACGAGCGCCGGGCCGAGGAGGCCGCCCUGUGCGCCGCGGCGCCAGCCGCCGAGGCGGCGCUGCGUGAGCUGGAGGGCGUCUACGGCGAGCUCCGGGCCAUCGCGCCGCGCUCGGCUGCCCUGGACAAGCUGCGCGGGAUAUACGGGGGCAGCGGCCUGCUCUACGCGGGACACGUCCUGGCAGAGGCCGCGGCUGAGGCGGGGAAGCCAGAGUCCGAGAGGGAGCAGGCCUACCGAGAGCGCAACCGCCCGUACACCAAGAAGAUGCUGGUAAAGAAGCUGGGCGACCUGCAUCGGCCCAUCGAGGUGCCGCUGGUGCAGGACGCUGUGGCAGCGGCACGGGACGUGGGCUUGCCAUUUGUUGGAGAUGCCAUCGGCGACGUCGAGAAGGCGGUCGCCGCCUCCAAGUUGCCAUCCCUGUCUGCGGCGGAAGUGGAGGCGCUCCUCGCUGGCGAAGCGUCGGCGGGCAUCGGCGAGGAUCCGUUCGUCAAGGCCGCCACCGCCGCCCUCGACGAGCAGGUGGCCAUCCGAGACCAGACGAAGGCGUUGAUAAGCAAGCGGGACAAGAUCUUGGCGCAGCUCCUGGAUCUGCAGAAAGAGACCAGCGAAGAGACGCUCUACCCCGACGCUAACAGCACUCUUCGAAUCAGUGCUGGCCACGUGGAAGGAUAUAAGGCAGCCGAUGCCGUUGAGCACCACCCGAUCACGACGCUGGCUGGUCUGGUGGACAAGCACAUGGAGGCCAAGGUGUCUGGCGACGGCAAUGGCGAGUUUGACUGCCCUGAACGCUUGGUGGAGGUGUGUGGCGGCAGCCCAGAAGUAUCGCGGACGCCUGUUAACUGUUGCUACAGCACUGACACUGUGGGUGGCAACAGCGGGUCUCCCGUUCUGAACGCGCAGGGGGAAUUCGUUGCCAUCAAUUUUGAUCGGCAGCGUUUGGGUCUCAUGAAUGAGUUCAAGUGGUCACAUAGCUACUCCCGUUCGAUCGGCGUGGACGUGCGCUACAUACUUUGGCUCGUCGGUACGUAUGACUCCGCACCACAUCUGGUGAAGGAGAUGACCGGGUGACAGCCUCCCUUUACGAUUGAGUGACGGCCGCUUGAGGAGGUGAGUUCAUGUAGAGGUCGUUGCGUCCUCGCCUGAUGAUCAGGCGGUGGUCGAUGUGAUUUCAGCCGCGGCUUGCAGGCAGUGCGCCGUCGAGCCGCAUCCACAAGUCUCCCCAUGUAAGCCCCACCAGCAUAACAAGCAGUCCGCGUGGAGUUCUGGAUGGGCGCUGCACGGCCUUCCCCACCUCCAUGUCCCCGACGCGCCUGGUUGCAGCGCGCCGCGGGCGGCGCUGGAGACCCCCCAGGGGUGGCGGGGAGGGGGGCUCAGCGCCGGUCCACCAGAUCUAAGGCGGGCCUGUCCCUCUACAGGAGGAAUAUUUAAAAAUAUGUCAGAAAAUCGUCUGGGGACGACUUUUUGACUGUUCUUGGACAUUUGGGGGGCAUUUUUGUACGCCUGGCCCGAUGAUGGCACGAGGGCCGUGUGCUCGUGCCGUCGGCCGGCUCAUCGACCCUCCCUCGGCCAGUGGCCUCGCCCCGGGGAUGUCUCCGCGCUGGGUUCGCGAGGCACGCCGGGAGCCCCCCGCACACCGUGCGAAUGCACCGCUAUGCAGAUAGCGCCCUCGUGGUCCCUGUGCUGCCCGCGGCUCUCUCUCUCUCGAGCUUCCUCCCAC